CGCAUUUCUAACUGCCAGUCUCUCCGAUUAUAUGCUUUUGUAUACGUGUGUGAACAAAAACCAUCUGUAAUUUUGCAUCUUGUUAGAUUUACGUUAACGUUAGUAAGGAUGGCGCGCAAUGCAGGCGGCAACAACAACAGUACACCCAAGUCGAGUGCAACGGGUAAUCAAGCAACAGCCGGUGCAGCGGCCGCCGCUGCUGCUGCGGCCGCCGCAGCUAGCGCCAAGCACAAGCGAAGCACCAGCAGCAACAGAAAUUACAAUUUCAAUUUGUCAUCAAAACUGAUGCUCGAUAAGUGGAAGACGCUGGUUGGCUGCGUUUCAUUAGCCAUAGCCAGCUACUUUGGCUAUUUGGGGUACUUGGAGACGCGCGUGAAUACGCCGUUCGACAAUCACAAGAUGGUCUUGGACAGCGGCUUGGACGAUCCGGAGCGCUAUUGGGGCUCAUAUCGGCCACAGACGUACUUUGGCAUGAAGACACGCGACCCGCACUCGCUGGUCAUGGGACUCAUGUGGUACACGCCCAGCAAUUUGGGACCUGACGGUCACGGCAUCAGGCACUGGUGCGAACUGAGCGAUAAUCUGGAUGGUUAUGGUUGGACGCAUCACGACGGCCGCAGCUUCGGUGUACAGGAGAUACAGGAUCUGCCCUUUGAGAUAAAGACGUCGUUCGUCAAAUAUCCCGGCGAGAAGCAGUACGGCGGCGACUGGACGGCACGCAUCUCGGUGCGUAAUACGACGCGCGCCUGGGACCGCAGCAUAUCGCUGAUCUGGUAUGUGGCGCUGGAUGAGCGCACAAAUGGCCACAUCAAGUACGUGUCCGACGAGAAGAGUCCCGAGCCGGGCGUCUAUGGCGAGAGCCAAGGCUUGGGCGAAUUCCAAGUGCGUUUCCAUGCGGUCAAGGGACGCAUUCAGCACAAAUCUUAUCUGAGCACUGUGGCGCCCAGCCUGAGCAAGCUCAAGGAGACAAUAUUCUCGCAUUUUCGCGCCUUUGCCAGCAAGCGGGGCAAUCGGUUUAUCGGCUUGCCCGGCGAGAUUGUCUCCCAGAAUGGCGUGCCCUCAACUAAUCCAGAGCCGAAUCUGAUAGCUAUACAGAUUACGGCAGAGGUGGACUUUACGCUUGACAUUACGUAUCAGUCGACAUCGGGCUUUGCGCUCGGCGAAUCCAUACCCAAGCCGCCGACAGGACGCGCCUACACGGACUCGCUGCAGGCGAAGAUUGGCGCCUUUGACAAACGUUUCGAGGACACCUUUCAGCUGGCCGCCAAGGGCUAUGCACCCGAUAUGAUACGCUUUGCCCGCAAUGCGUUUAGCAAUAUGAUUGGCGGCAUUGGCUACUUCUAUGGCGCCAGCCGUGUCCAAUCCGUGCACACUCAGAAUCCGGUGCCGUAUUGGAAGGCGCCGCUGUAUACGGCAGUGCCGUCGCGCAGCUUCUUUCCACGCGGCUUCCUUUGGGACGAGGGCUUCCAUGGCCUGUUAAUUAGCGCCUGGGAUAUCGACAUUGAGCUGGACAUUAUAUGCCAUUGGUUUGAUCUGCUCAACGUGGAGGGCUGGAUACCCAGAGAACAAAUUCUUGGCGUCGAAGCACUUGCCAAAGUGCCCGAAGAGUUUGUGACGCAGCGCAACAGCAAUGCCAAUCCGCCAACGUUCUUCCUAACUCUACACAAGCUCCUCACGCAGCACAAGCAACAGUUGUCGCAAAAGGGACGUUUCGCCACCCUGGAGCGACUCUAUCCGCGUCUCCAGGCAUGGUUCAACUGGUACAACACCACGCAGCGCGGCGAAGUACUGGGCAGCUAUUUGUGGCAAGGACGCAAUUCAAGCACCGUGCGUGAGCUCAAUCCCAAGAGCUUAUCCUCUGGUCUGGACGAUUAUCCGCGCGCCUCGCAUCCCACCUUGCGCGAACGUCAUGUCGACUUGCGCUGCUGGAUCGGCUUGGCAGCCAGCGUGAUGGCCGAGCUAUCCACAUUGCUGGGCAAGAACGAUGUCAAGUACUACGAGACGCUCUCCUAUCUGACGGACAACGAACGGCUCAAUCGCCUGCACUUGGAUCCAUAUAGCGAACACUAUGCCGACUGGGGCUUACACACCGAUUCGGUGACAUUGAAACAUCCGCCGCCGCUGACGCCACAGCGAACGGCUGGGCAACGCGGCGGCGGCGUUCCACAGCCGCAACAGGAGAAGCGGCGCUAUGUAUCAAAGCAGCCGGAGUACAAGUUCGUCGAUAAUAUGUUCGGCUAUGUGAGUCUGUUUCCCAUGCUGCUGGAGCAGCUGGAUCAUGAUUCGCCCUAUUUGGGUAAGAUGUUAAGGGACAUGCGUGAUCCAGAACUGCUUUGGACUAGCUAUGGUCUGCGAUCAUUGGCCAAGAACUCGCCCAUGUACAUGAAGAGGAAUACGGAGCACGAUCCGCCAUAUUGGCGCGGUCCCAUCUGGAUCAAUAUCAAUUAUUUGGCCGUAAAGGCGUUGCGGCACUAUGGCCAGGCCGACGGACCCUAUGCAGAGCUGGCGCGCAAAAUCUACGGAGAAUUGCGCGAGAAUCUGGUGAAGAAUAUCUUUAGACAGUAUCAGCGCAGUGGCUACAUCUGGGAGCAAUAUGAUGAUACCACCGGCGAGGGCAAGGGCUGCAAGCCAUUUACCGGCUGGAGCGGGCUCGUCGUCCUGCUCAUGGCCGAACAGUUCUAAAGAAGCCAUCAUCUAUCGGUUGCUACGAGUUCCUCCUGUGAUAAGCUCACGAAAACAAAAGAAGAAAAAUAUUUUAAAACUUAUUCCGAGUGCAUUGCGAUGUUUGUUUUAGCUUUUAGCUAAAUAGUCAACUGUUUCUUUCCAAAGAUCUAAAUACCUAUACAUAUAUAUAUAUAUGUAUAUAUAUAUAUCUAUAUCUACGUAGUAUGUAUUCUAAUAUCAUGUUCAGUCUGUCAGCCUGGCUCAAAGGCUUCUUUGGCUGGCCGCUCUUAUAUUAAGCUGUACAAACUUCAAAUCUGACAAAUUACUUAAAUUAGCGUUAAUAGAUGAAUUUACUAAAAAUAAAACCACAAUCUAUAAAACAA